CGUCACUGUCCUAUCGUGCAAUUCGCAGAUUUCAAAGAUCUCAAUCUCCAAUAAGCUAACUCGACGAUUCAGUGAAAACUUCUUGGUUUCUACUUGCUUUGAACGGUAACUUUAAUAAGAUGGUAACUAAAGUCUACGUAAAGGCAACUUUGCUCUUCACUGUGAUCGGUUUGGUUCUUGGUGCCGAAAAUUAUAUAGACUAUGGAGAUGAAAUAGCGGAUAAGACACCAGCGGAAAAUAUUCGUGAACUUUAUAAACUUCUGAUGCAGCGCGCUACUUUAGAAAACGCCGGAUUUGGUGAGGUUCCAUUGGAACAUUUGAUGAUUCGUAAGUCUCAACGAUCACCGUCAUUGCGCUUACGUUUUGGACGUUCGGAUCCUCACCUAACUAUGGCAUUAUUAUCGAGACGUUUAAACGCCAUCGUACCACCGAGAUUUGAAGAUAACUAAAUCAAACCGAAGUUCCGUCAUUUCAUGAAUCGUUUUUUCUUAGUUGGGAAAAGUAAUAGUUAAUUGCUGUAACAGUAUCUGGAAAUGGAUGAUGCAUGAAAAUAUCAAAAAUAAUAAAAAGAAAUGAUGAGAUCCUGGGUAAACCUAAAUGUUUAUGUACCGAAUUUUUAAAAAUUUCGAAAACAAACUUCAAUUCUGCAUUUCUUUUCUUACAUAUAUCUGUAUUAUUAUUUAAUGAU